AUGAUGUUUGGUGUUGGGAACGUUGGAGCUAACCUUCUACCGUAUGAAGAAUGUUCUACUUUUUUGACCACUGAUGGCGGUGAGACGUGGACUGAAGUUAAGAACACUCCCCACCAAUGGGAAUACGGUGACCAUGGGGGGGUCUUAGUUUUAGUUCCCGAACACGCAGAAACUAAUUCUAUUUCCUAUUCUACUGAUUCUGGCAGGACUUGGAAAGAUUAUAAGUUCUGUGAUGAUGAAGUUUUAGUAAAGGAUAUAACUACGGUUCCUCGAGAUUCUGCUCUGAGAUUUUUAUUAUUUGGAGAAGCAAAGAAUCUGGGAAGUGGUUCAUUUAGAACGUACACAAUCGAUUUCAGAAACAUCUUCGAGAGACAGUGUGACUUCGAUAACACCGGAAAGAAAGAUUCAGAUUUCAAAUACUCUCCUUUAGGUUCUCAAACCGGUUGCCUGUUUGGACAUCGGACCGAAUUUUUACGAAAGACCGAUGAAAAGUGUUUUAUUGGUACCAUUCCACUUUCUGAAUUCUCUAAAAACAUCAAAAACUGUUCAUGUACUCGGAAAGAUUUUGAGUGUGAUUACAACUAUUAUAAAGCUAACGACGGUACUUGUAAGUUAGUCGAUGGUCUCACUCCCACCAAUGCUACCGAUAUCUGUAAAAAGGAGCCUGACUUAAUAGAGUAUUUUAAAUCUUCCGGCUACAGAAAGAUCCCCCUAUCAACUUGUGAGGGUGGUUUGAAACUGGAUAGUUCUUUUACACCUUAUCCUUGUCCAGGAAAAGAAGCCGAAUUUAAAGAAAAAUACUCUGUAAAAGCUGGUAUUUAUGCAUUUGUUUAUGUGACAAUUCUUCUUCUUAUUUUCUUUACAACAUGGUUUGUAUACGAUAGAGGUAUCAGAAGAAACGGGGGGUUUGCAAGAUUUGAAGAAAUUAGGUUAAAUGACGAUGGUCUGAUAGAAAACAAUAAUACCGAUAAAGUUGUGAACAAAAUUGUAAAGGCAGGAUUAUUCCUUUCUUCAAUUAUUACGUUUGUAUUCCAACACACGAAGGCAGGAAUAGCUCAAGUUAUUGCGAAAAUAAGAGCAAGAUUUAGCAAUAGGGAAGGUCCGACCUAUUCAUCGUUGAUGCACCAUCAGUUUUCAAAUGAAACAGAUAACUUGCAUGAUGAAGGCAUUGACGAUUUGUCUAGUUCUGUUAUCCAAGGUGAUAAUCUUGACAUCGAGGACGAAGUUAUACCAUCUCCCCAACAAGAACACGCGUCGUAUACAGAUCAGCCAGCCGGAAACGAAGUUCCAAACACAUUGUCAGCACAUAGCGAAGAAGACGCCAACAGGCCUGACUCGGUGGAUCCACGCGGCCAUGACAAGUAA